AUGAGUUUUAAGAGACCAAGAAACAUUUUAAAUAUUAAAUCCUCCAAAUAUGAAAGUGCUGAAUCGAUACAUACAAAUAAAAAAUAUUGGAAAAACGUUUUUGAUGCUAUGGAUAGCGAUCGUGCAGAACCGAUAAGUGAACGAGAAAUGGAAGUUUUAUCGGAAGCUUUGCCUGAAGACUUAUUUGACAAAGUAUGCGGCAUUCUUAAUAUUCAUGUUCCUAAAAGAUGUCCUGAUACAGAUAUUGAAAUAAAAGAAACUCAGCGGAGGAUUACAAAACAUCCACUUCUAUCAAAGCGAAAAACAUUCAGCGUUAAUAGAGAAUUAGACUCCGAUACUGACGUAGAAAUACACAGUAUGCUAGAAGAUGAUCGUCCAAACAUCCACCAAGAGUUUCUCCGGAAACCCAUUCGUGAGCAGAUAACGUGGGCAACACGCUACCUACAACCAGAACAAGAACAUGAGAAGACACUGGUCAAAAAGGCUGAUGAUCUUACCAAUAGAAUUGCAAAUCAAUUCUGUGAUUAUAUGAAAGAGCUCGGAGGCGACCAGCAGUCGCAAUUAUUUACUCCGAAAACAAUCAAAGAACUUUUUCAGAUUGAAUUCGAUACACACGCAGCCAGAAGUCUCAAAGUUGUACCAAAGGAACUACCUACAAUAAAUGAGAGAAUCGCCAACGUCACUGGUAAUACGGAGAAAUCCCGCUAUGCUGCCCUGGACCGAGAAAUAUCGAAGGAUAUAAAAGCAGAGAGCCGGGCUAAUUAUGUCAAAUGCUUCGGACGUUCACUACCACGACGUGACCAAUGGCGUACACCAUUGAACGACACGAAAAACCAGUGGAAGUCUGCACGCCAUGUUCCUAAAGACCUCGUCACAUUGAAGACCGUCUGGGAAGGGAUCACAAACUUAAGAAGCGUAAAGGAAUACUGUCGUUGGAUGAUUGAGCACCCUGAGCAUCGGCGAGCGCCGUAUUUGAGCAGUCUUGGAAUGUUCGACCGAGCAGUGCUUGAUGCAAGGCUCACAGUUGAAUUGAAUGAUCCAAAUAUAGAUGCACCAGCUCCUAUUGAACAUAUACGUAAACGACUGUCAGAUUUAAUGGAACCAAAUUUGUAA